CAACGAUAUUCAUGACUUGAUCGAGGAGAACAAGAAUGACGCUGCUAAUGGUGGAGGUAAUGGAUCCGGUACUAGAGCUGAUGAUGAUGUUGAGAAGAAGAAAGGCAUUGUUCAUGAGGAAGAUAUAAAGACUGGUGAUGAGGAGAAAGAACAAAUCCAGGGAAUGUUGAUAACUUGGACGAAGAUAACAAGAAAAAGAUAAUUGAAAUCUAG